CGGGAGCUGGAGCCGGAGCCGGAGCCGGAGCCGCCGCGGCCCCUUUAAGAAGCCGCUCUGCGGUAACCCGAGCCCGCAGUCCGGGCGGGCGCGGCGGCCGCGGCGGUAGCUGUAGCCUCCGUGUGACUGCUCCUCCAAGCGGCCCGGGGCCCGCGGCUCCCCUGGCUCCCGCCGAGCAUCUCGAGGGGCGGCUCUGGCCGGCGCCAGCCCUCGGGCCGGGCCGGCUGACCAGGCGCCCGUGACCACCCGCCGCCCUCCCCGGCCCGGUGCAGCCGCCGCCCGCGCGCUAGUCGCCCCGGGACUCGGCACAGGUUGAAGAAAUAUGGAUACCAACACCAAACUGAUCUUCAGCACUGUUUUUACCAGCUUUUUCACCUUUCAGCUUCUUUUCCACUUUAUAAGUUACUGGUUUUCAGCAAAAGUUUCUCCAGGUUUUAAUAGUCUCAGCUUUGAAAAGAAGAUUGAAUGGAACUCAAGGGUAGUAUCUACAUGCCAUUCUUUGGUGGCUGGGAUUUUUGCCCUCUACAUUUUCUUUUUUGAUGAGGCUGCAAAAGCUGAUCCACUUUGGGGUGACUCAUCGUUUGUGAAAGUGAAUAUCUCUAUUUCUUCGGGCUACCUCAUUUCUGAUUUGUUGAUUCUCAUUUUGUAUUGGAAAGUGAUUGGUGACAAAUAUUUUAUAAUCCAUCAUUGUACAGCGCUGUAUGCAUACUCCAUUGUACUGAAGGAUGGAGUACUGGCAUACAUUGGGAAUUUUCGCCUGCUUGCAGAACUUUCCAGCCCCUUUGUGAAUCAGCGGUGGUUCUUUGAAGCUCUGAAGUAUCCUAAGUUUUCCAAGGCUAACGUCAUCAAUGGAAUUCUCAUGACAGUGGUGUUCUUCAUCGUGCGGAUUGUCUCGAUGCCUCCUUUUUAUAGCUACAUUUAUUCUGUGUUAGGAACAGAAGCCUACAUAAGGCUUGGAUUUUUAACCCAAUGCUCCUGGAUCUCUACUUGUAUUGUUUUGGAUGUGAUGAAUGUCAUGUGGAUGAUCAAAAUUACAAAAGGUUGCGUCAAAGUCAUCUCUCUCAUCAGACAAGAGAAAGCCAAAAGUAGUCUUCAGAAUGGAAAACUUGACUAAAAGUUGGCUAUUGAUAAGCAUACUUUAUUACUACCCACAUUAUAUCUACUGAUAGGAUGAAUUCUCGGCAUGUUCUUGUGCUUCUUAUUAAUUAUACUUGUUAUCGAGGGUUUCAGUGCUUUCUUUUUUUUUUAACCUUUAGAAAAGAGAAACUAAAACUUAGCUCUUAGUCCAAAAUUUCGUUUCUGAUUUUCUUCUGCAUUAUAAGCAUGGAUAAAAUCUUAAAGGUUCAAAUAAAAAAAUUAUAAAUAUAGUGGAGAAUCGUUCCAGAAAUCUGUUAACCUGCAUUGGUAUUUUUCUCUGUGAAAAGAUGACUAUUCUAAUUUGAUGCACUUGUUUUGUGUCACCAGGUUUUCUGAAAGAAUGGAAACUGCUUUUAAAUUUGUAAAUAGCUCUCCACCUUUCAUUGUACUGCGCUCAUUUUGUGCUAUGGCUGUCAAUACCUGGGGAGGGUUUAAUUUCUGAAUUGUUGAGCUGUUCUUUUUCUUAGGCUAUUAGUAAUAAUGUAUUUUUUUUUUGUUUAGAUAUUCUAUCAUCUAUUAAUGGUGAAGUAUUUUGCUUGCUUUGGGAAUAUUUAAUUAGUUCAGUCAUGGAAAAUCCUUCUUUCAUUUUUCGAUUUUUCAGACCUCACUUUAUUAUUUCUAUUUUUAACAUUUUAUCAAAGUACUGCUUUUUUAUUUGUAGUAAGGCUUAAGACAGAUCUUUCAGAGCUCCUUGAGAGAUGAAUUCCUCUUUCUAAAAAUGCAUGUUGUAGAUGACUAUUUAGGCUAAUAAGAGGAAUCAUUAAGAAAAAAGCUUUAACACUGCUGUCUCGGUUUCCCUGGCACUUUUUCCAUGAAAAAAAAAUAUGAUUUCUAUUUGCAAAACCUCCCUUAAGUUCAGAACCCAACAUCAUCAGCACCAAAGUGUUAUGCAGUGUGUAUAUAUCAUGCUCCUAAGGUAGGCCUCUCCUUGAUGAGACCAAAACUCUAAAAAAUCAGUAUUCACAUUUUACUCACAGUUCACACCCAUGCUUGCUUAGUCAGUAUUUUGAGUGCUUUGACUUUCUAUCUUUCCUAAAGUACAGGGGGAAAAAAAAUAGAUAAUUUAAUCCAAGUAUUCUGAUCAUCAAUAUUCUUGUCUUAUGCGAUAAUACAUGACUAGGGACUCUGGUUUUUUGUUUUUUGGGUUUUGUGUGUGUGUGUGUGUGUGUGUGUGUAUAAGUAUAUGUUUGCUUUUUCUUUGAUUCUUGCAACCCAAAUAUAGAAUUAUAUAGUUAUCUAUUAUUGCCUUUAUUUUUCUCAAGUACUUGACUUUAAUGAUUGUUCGUACGUAAGAAAAAAAGAAAUUUAACCAGUGACAGAUACUUGAAUUUAAUUGAACCCAAACCAAAAGAUCGAAUCCACUCAGUUUCUCAGUUGGUAGAAGAAUGAUUCUCUUUCAUUGUUCAUGUUAUGAUGAAUCAACUUUGAUUUAAUUUGACUUGAUUUGAUUUGAUUUGAUUUGAUCUGGCUGUCUAAUGCAGAUAGAGCCUGAUAAGUUUUAGACCAUUUAAAGAAGGUAAUUGAAAUCUCAGUCAGUGAGAAAAUCAAAUUGAUCAGCUUAUACUAGGUAUACUUAUUUUUGAAUGACUUAAAGUAAUGUAAAGUAUAGGUAUUUGCUUUUAAAGCUACUGAUAUUACAUUGAUAAUUUAUUACCAAAUCUUGUGCCUUCCACAUCAUAGGCACUUAAAUGUAUAUUGGUGGUUUAGAGAGGGUAGGAAAGCACAUGGUUUUAUCUUGUUCUUUUCUUGCUCUUUUGCAAGAAAACUGACUUUUUAAAAGGAACACAUUUAUAUUAGAAAACUAUUUUGGAAAUCAAUUCCUUUAGAAAGAAGCAAAACUUGAAAUAAAUAUUUUUGACUCUUUGGAUAUUUCUAUAGUUUCUGAACAGAUUUUAAACCCACCACAAAAUGAAGUCAGUAUAAAGCAAUAUAUUGCAAUGUAUUGUAAUAUAAAACUCACUGCUCAGUGAGUUUCCAUAUAGUAGUUUGGGUUUUUAUGCUUGCCACUUCAUGCUUAAAACUUCAUUUUUACUUUCAUUGACAGUACUUUUCAUCAGUAUAGCUGCUCAGUGAGCAAGUGUGUUUAAAAUAGCAAUGCUUUGAACUAAAGUUUGUCAUUCCCUUGGUCAGCAAUUCUUAUUUUGUGCUGGCUGCAUGACAGCUAAUUCAACAUCCAGAUUCAAUACCCAAAAGUAGAAGCUCCAUGUUUCCUCUCACAACGCACAUGAAAUGGAAGAGACACUGCAAACUGCCGUGCUACUUUAAAUCAGAUUUUCAUAGGAACUAUACUUCGCUCUUCUAGGAUUGUGUCCACCUACCUAAGAUACAAGGCGUUAAAGACAGAACAUAUCAUUUAUUAAACGAUGAAUUUUUCAUUUAUUAAAUGACAAACUUUUGCUAGACAUUUUACAUAUUAAAUAUUUUGACUACAUGGAUUAAUUUAAAUGAUUCUAUUAGGCGUUCUGAUAUUUAACAACUCUAUUAAAAUAUUUGUAGAACAUAAAAGCAAAUUGGUAUAAAUUUUUAAGCAACUCUAUUUUUAUAGAAAAUGAUUAGUGACAACCUGUAACUAUAAAGAUGUUCUUUGAACAUGUAGUAGUCUAAAAAAAUAAACGAUUCUUACAAAAUUUUAGAAAUGAAUGAAAAUCAGCAUGCAAGAUCAUAGAUUCUGCAUCUGACAUUUGGGAGAAUUUAAAAAUCGUGAGUUUGAGUUCAUAGAGUUUGCAUUCUUGUGUCGAAAAUCUUUCUAGUGAGUAUUGUUUGCAUUUAUUUAAAAUUCAAAAUGGAGUUACAUAUGAGUAAAAAAAAAUUAACUCCUGCAUAAGUUGUGUCUUGAUACCUUAUAGUGAGUUAAGAUGCAAUUUUUAUUCCACCUGUUUUAUCCCACCUGUUUAGUUUUGUUGUUUCAUGGGCUAGCACUGUGUUAAGAGAAAUAAUAAUGUCUUCACCAUUCCUAAGGGUGACUGAUAUACCGUGGAUGCCCCAGUACUAUUGUAAAGGUCUAGUUUUAAAAACUGCCUAGUAUAUGGGUGUUUGAAUCAAAUCCUUUUCUAAAUUUUAACCUACUUGAUUCAAUCUCUUGCUAAACUAUCAGUUUUUAAAUUGGAUACUUUCUUUGAGGUGUAUCCGGUGUUUGGAGAACCGUCCCUUCACGGGCAUGAAGGGCCAGCUUUAUGCGUUACACCAUUUGUCAUCCUGGGUUAGAAACAGUCUUAUGGAGAUGUCUAGGGGAGAGUUGUAAUAUUCAUGUUCUGUUUUGCUUUUGAGGGAAAUAAACAUGUUCCAAAAGACACUAUUAAAAUAAACGUUUGAACAAAUUUCUGUUUCUAGGUUACUCUUAACUCCAAUACAUAAAUAUACAUAUGAAUUGGCUUAUCAGUGGUUUACUCUGUUGCUUGAAAUGGAAAAGUCCAUGUCAUUGUUGACAUCAUCACUUAUAUUCGUGGAAGACUAUGCAUUUAUAUGUUUUGAAUUCCAGAAGAAGCAAACUCGUAGAAUUUUAUCAGAAAUGUGGCACAGUGUUUCUCCGCAGUUAUGAACCAGCACAGCAGUGAGAUCCCUCCUGUGUCUGGAGACCGUGGGCACACGCACAAACCGCCCAGCCUUACCCACAGCUGGUUGACGACAGGCACACUAAAGCUACCGAAAGUGAGUUUUGACAUGAAACAUACGUAGUACGUGUGAGAACAGUGGGAAGCCAGCAGGACCUGGAGUUGGAGACACCACGACUGAUUUUCCCUUAAAAGUCAUGAUGCUCCUCCAUCAUGUAGAAGUUUCUCUCUGAAUCCUCCCAGCCCUUCCAUCUCCUCCUCUUAACACCCUGACAAUUUUAUCGGCACCUCCAUCUCUUAUGCCAACACCUUUCAAUGUCAACUCUCGAGGCUUCCCCAUGCCCUUAAGCUUCCCAGCCUAUUGUGGCAAAUUUCAAAGUAUUCAAGUAUGUUCUUCCAGGGCGGGGGGUGGGGGGGAAGCAUUACAGUAAGUUUAAGUGGGAAUCAGACAAACCAUAAUUGCUAAGAGGCUUUGGGAAGCCAUUUAGUACUUAAUAACACUUGUUACAAGAUGAGACAAGGCUAAUGAGACUAUAGUUUUAUUGAGAAACAUCUGUAGUCUCUUUCUUAAACUGGCUCAGCAGGAAGAGCUUUAGAAUACGUUUCAGCUGGGGAGUCAUUGCAGGCAUGCACAUUAUCUAAAUGCUCUUCCUUAGACCCUAUGACUGGAAGAGGAGGAACUGAGGUGUCUGUGGCAGCGUUACUGAGUCCUGCUCUUUAGUUGACCAAAUUUAGUUAUGGUCGUGUAUCCUUUAAAAACAAGCCCAUCAGCAAGUGGAUUACUCAGCAUAUUUUACAAGUGCAACACCCAAGGACUUGAGCCCUGUCCCUUUCCAGCCUAGACUUCCAACUGCCUCUAUAUAGCCCUGGUAGUAAGUUGUACCUUUAUUUGAAGAUAUUUUGGAUAACAAUGAAGAACUGAAGGCUAGCUGCUAAAGAUUGGGUUGUUUGCAUUGAAAAUGUUUACACUGAUUCCUUUGAGCAGUAGACAGUUUUGGUAUCAGGCCCUAUAUAUAAGACCAAAAACAAUGAGAAAUAUUUCUAAAUCUUAAAGAUAGAAAUACAAUACCUCUGGCUAAAAACUCGUUAAUUAUCAUCUGUAUAUGUUUUUCUUUAUAUCUUUACAUAAUUCUUUCUGUAAUUAAGCGCGCGUUAGGUGUUUGCUGCUUCUUGGUUAAUGAAGCCUGAAAAUAUAACUGUAAAUAAAAUAUGCUAUAUUUUUUCUGUUUCUUGCUUGGUUUGCUUCUAGUGUGGUCAUAUCUGCUUUUUACUUAAGGAAUUUUUGCAUAGAUAAUAUUCUCUUACUGACUUGUAACUAGGAUGGUUAUGAGGUUUUUCUGGUAAUUAUUAGAAUUUGUAAAAAUAACCUUUAGACAUAGAUUUCAUUUGAAAAAGUUACUCGAAAAUUGCAGCAAAUGUGAUAGCUAUAGUGAUAUAUACAAUUUUUUUUCUAGGAAUAUAUACACAUUACUACUUAAUUGUUAGAACGAUUUUGGAAGUCUUUCAAAAUACAUUUAACACUUUGAGAACACGCCUUCUAAUUUAUUUCCAUAAGGCUGAAUGAAGAACUUUGUUUUCUUUACAAAAUGUGAGACUUGGUAAUUUACACAUCAGUGUUCUUCGGAUUUAUCAGCAUUUAAAAUAGCAAUUUAGUAUUCUUUACUUUCGUCUCUGGUUGUGCUUAAUUUGGAGGGGAUUACUUAAUAUCUCUAGGUAAUUCCCUUAACAUUUUCAAAUGUUUGUAUACUUUAUAUGUGUGCCAAUUUAAGGUAUAUGCAACUCCUAAGCAAUAAUCUGCAUGUUAUACAAGGUUGGCAUUCCUUUAUCAUGACAAUUUUAUUUGAUAUGAAUUUUAAGAAUGUGUAUAAAAUUAAUAUCCUAUAUAUAAAUCAUCCCACCUCCCAAGGAAAACCUUCAGAUUUUCUUGUGUUAGAACACUAAUGUGGUGCGAAGCUUUGUAUUUUGUGAGAGAAAAUUAAUAAAACCACAGUUAUUUAGUGCAAAA